AUGCCGGCGGCGGGCUCGGAGGGGGAGGAGGGCCCGGCGGGGGCCGGCGGGGAGGGCACGGGGCCCGGUGGCCCAUCAGGGGAGCAGGCAGGCCCCGGCGCCCCGAAGCUCUGCGGGUACCUGCAGAAGCUGUCGGGUAAGGGCCCCCUACGCGGCUUCCGCAGCCGCUGGUUCGUGUUCGACCCCCGCCGCUGUUACCUCUACUACUUCAAGGGGCCGCAGGAGGCGCUGCCCCUCGGGCACCUCGACAUCGCCUCCGCCUGCUUCAGCUACCACCAGCCCGAGGCCGGCGCUACCGCCGCGGGGGAUGAGGCCGCCGCCUUCGAGGUGCACAGCCCCAGCGGCGCCGUCACCGUGCUCAAGGCUGCAACUCGUCAGGAUAUGACAUACUGGCUUCAGGAACUUCAACAGAAGAGGUGGGAAUACUGUAACAACCUUGAUGCAGCAAAAAGGGACAGCCGGAUGUCCCCUACACCAAGUGACCUUUCCAAAGGUCUUGUUGCCAAAGACAACCCUGAUUUGAGUAUCCUAAGUCAAAAUGCUUCAGCAGAGAGAGCUAGAAAUAUUCUAGCUGUGGAGACUUCUCCUACAGACCUGGUGGGGGAACAAGCAGCUUCCCAACCUGCACCAGUCCAACCAAGUGCCAUCAAUUUCUCGCUUAAACAAUGGAGUACCGAAAUCAAGAAUUCAAUGUCCUCUUUAAGAAAAGGAAAUAACGAAAACCGGAGGAGCAUAUUUUAUACCACUGAGGAGUGGGAAAUGCUGGACCCGACCCCUAAAGACUUAGAGGACUCAAUGGCCCUGGAAGAAAGGAGGAAGCACCUAGCAGAAGGAAGCAAAGGACUGACUAGCUCAGCUUUUCCAUUCGAUUUUGGCCGCAUUCCACACAAAACAAAGCGCCCGUUAAGAGACAUGAUUGCAUCAAGCAAAAACCGGAACAGCAGUGACUCUUCUCCAACCGAGUGGUAUGCUGGUAAUGGGAACAAACUGGUUUCUGAACUGCAGCUGAAGUAUCAAAGCCAGCAAGAAGAGUUGGAAAAGCUAAAGAAAGAUCUUCUGAGCCAAAAGGAACUUGUGCGACUUCUGCAGCAAACGGUCCGAUCUUCCCAGUACGAUAAGUACUUUGCAAGCCGUCUUUGUGAGGGGGUUCCCAAAGACAAAUUAGAGCUGUUGCACCAAAAAGAUGACCAGAUUUUGGGUCUCAACAACCAGCUUGAGAAGUUAAAUCUGGAAAAAGAUAGUCUCCAGCAGGAAGUAAAGAAUCUGAAAUGUAAAGUUGGAGAGCUCAAUGAGCAGCUAGGUAUGCUGAUGGAAACAAUCCAAGCUAAAGACGAGGUGAUCAUGAAACUCUCUCGUCAACUCAGUGAAUGUGAGGAUAACACAUCCUUUCUAAGCGGAGCAGUAAAUUCUUCCAUGGCCACCUGUACUAAUAAGGAACUACAGGAACUGGACAGACUAAAAGACAAUCUUCAGGGUUACAAGACCCAGAAUAAAUUUUUAAAUAAGGAGAUUUUGGAACUUUCUGCUCUACGAAGAAAUGCAGAAGCAAGAGAGAGAGAAUGGCAGGCAAAGUACACAAGCUUGGAAGCCAAACUCUGUCAGAUAGAAAGUAAAUACUUGAUCUUGCUUCAAGAAAUGAAAAAUCCCGUUUGUUCUGAGGAGCAGAGUCCUGCUCGUGAGGUCAUCACACAGCUACUGGAAGAUGCUUUGAAAGCAGAAACUAAUGAACAACCAGAACAAGCAUUUUUCAAACCACACCUGGUCAGUGAAUAUGAUAUAUAUGGUUUUCAGACAGUCCCAGAGGAUGAUGAUGAGGAGAAGCUAGUAGCAAAAUCACGAGCUUUGGACCUAAGAUCACUUUCUCUCAGUGAAAACCGAGAGAUCUCCACAGGAGUAAAAUGGGAAAACUAUCUUGCCAGCACAAUGAAUAGAGAGAUGAUGCGCUGUGUAGAACUGAAGAACCUUAUUCGAUCUGGAAUUCCACAUGAGCAUCGUUCCAAGAUGUGGAAGUGGUGUGUCAAUCUCCAUGUUAAGAAAUUCAAGGACAGCACUGUUCCUGGCUACUUCCAAACGUUGCUUCAAAAUGCUCUGGAAAAACAGAACCCUGCAUCUAAACAGAUUGAGUUGGAUCUCUUGAGAACUCUGCCAAACAACAAACAUUAUUCCUCCCCAACAUCUGAAGGGAUCCAGAAGCUGCGGAAUGUGCUGCUGGCAUUUUCAUGGAGAAAUCCUGAUAUAGGGUAUUGCCAAGGACUGAACAGGUUGGUAGCAAUUGCACUUCUGUACUUGGAACAGGAAGAUGCUUUUUGGUGUCUAGUAACAAUAGUGGAAGUUUUCAUGCCUCGUGAUUAUUAUACAAAGACACUGCUAGGAUCUCAGGUUGACCAGCGAGUAUUCAAGGAUUUAAUGAGCGAGAAACUUCCACGACUCCAUGCUCAUUUUGAGCAAUACAAAGUUGACUAUACUCUUAUCACUUUCAAUUGGUUCCUUGUUGUAUUUGUGGACAGCGUGGUUAGUGACAUCCUGUUUAAAAUCUGGGACUCCUUCCUCUAUGAAGGACCAAAGGUAAUAUUCCGAUUUGCCCUGGCACUUUUUAAAUACAAAGAAGAGGAAAUCUUAAAACUGCAAGAUUCUAUGUCCAUCUUCAAGUACCUCCGAUAUUUCACACGUACUAUACUUGAUGCUAGGAAACUGACUGGUAUUGCUUUUGGAGACCUGAAUCCUUUUCCAUUACGUCAGAUCAGGAACCGGAGGACCUAUCACCUGGAGAAAGUGCGUCUUGAACUAACUGAACUAGAAGCCAUUCGUGAGGAUUUCCUGCGUGAACGAGAGACAUGUGUUGAAAAAAGAGACCUUAUUAGUGAUGAUGAGGAGGAUAGUUGAAACCACUCAACAUAAACUUUUCUUUGGGAUCAUGACCAAAGUGAGUUAACCUCAAACACUUUAUUAAUCCUGUCAAACAGAAUGUAAACUAAUUCCUUGGAAAUAUGCAGGACAGAUUUCCAAACCCCAGCACUUUCAGAAAUACUGCUUUGUAUGGAGGCCAAACACUUCUGUUUACAUUUAUGUUCAUGGAAUUGUAUGUAGAGCACUUAAUAUCUGUCUCAGUCAGAUGAAUUGCCAUUUGUUUUCUCACAGUGCACUGUUAGUGCUCAUAUGUGAAACAUCCACACUCUUGUUUACUACAUUCAUUGCCAUUCUGUGGGGUUUUGUGUAGCACAGGUUCAGUGUGGGAAGACAUAAUAUUUUUUGGUUUCGUGUUGGUUCAAUAAAUGGCUUUCAUCAUGUUGUCCUUGAAUAAACUAGCCAUUCCUGAGGUCACAAAGGAUAAAGGUGUGGAAUGAAGUGCAGGAAGAGCUUUUACAUUCCUUUGCCCUUUUUUGAGGACACAUGAAAUGGAUCAUCAAACAGAACACUUGAACAUACGUACUUAAAGGUAAUUACCUAUUCAUCACUGGAUGUUCAGGUAUACUGAAACAGUGAUACUAAACAUCAGUUAUGUUUUACUGGGCAGCUGUGUUGAUAAAGAUUUUCCUUAAUGCAAAGGGGUUUAUAGAUCAAAUUCUAUUUAGUCCAUUUUAUUUCUAUUUUCUUCAUCUCAGAAAAGCCACAACCAAAACUCAGCUAUUAUGGAAGAAUGGAACCUGUCACAGGAGCACCAUGUUUUAGUAGAGGUUUGUGUUUGUGGUGUAAUUCGGUUUGUUUUGGGGUUGUUUGGGUUUUUUUGUUUUUUUUUGUUUUUUUCCUGAUGUAUUUUAAUGCUUCUUCCUGUUUAGGGCUUAAAAUAAGAUGAACUCUCACUCUUUAAGAAGAAACUUAGCAUUCUUUUUGCAUGAAUGUAUACUAUUGUACAAUAGUGGUAGCAAUAGGAUUCCUAAAACAAAUGUUUAUCAAUCAGAGGGGCCUAAAGGUCUCAGCACGCACACAGAAGUUCACGAUCCUUUUCUAGCAGAAAAAUGCAUAUUCUCUCUGUGCUCAGCUUUGCUGUGAGUGUUGUAUCCACAUCCUACAAGACAGCUGAAAGGAAACACUUGGGGUGUUUAGCUGUAGUGUUCCUGGCUGUGGAACUGUGAUUGGAGGCCAUUCUUUAUCAUUCGAUGAUGAGCAAUACUGUUGAACAGUUCUGAUGAGGAAGGUUUCUUUCCUGGUGGCUCUUCUCUGGACUUUUCGCAAUGCUUUGUCUUGAGCCUUUUCAUCUUCAGAAUGCUGGAUUGACUUAAAUGUUGUAUCUGAAUGUGUUGGGAUAAAAGUAGUGUUCAAAUACUGGGCAGCAAAUCACAGCUCUGGGGAAGUGGUGAAUUGGCAAAAAACAAAACUGGUGGUUGGGAACAGUCAAGAGCUUCAAGCUUCUGCUUUAAGUGUUUUCUUUUGGUUUUCUGAGAACAAUUAGGACCUCUUUAUCCAGAAUACCAUUGUAAUUGUUUUAGAAAACCUGAGUGUGUGGGAAGGAAUCCUGCUUCUGUUUCACAGCACUUUUUUUCUUGAGAAUGUAUUUAUAGCCAUCUCUAAAUCAGCAUAUUCUCAGUCAAUUUAUCUGGAAGGGAAAUACUUCACCAGUGGUGAACAUUACAACUCACAGGACUACUUUGGAUAUAAAAUGUAUGUUUCUUGUAUGACAUUACUAAAUUAGCAAACAAAUCCUUACCAGUGAGGGACCUAUUGGAUGAUCCUCUCAAUUUGCAUGUUAUUUCUCUUCUAAAGUGUCCUCUACCUUGUCUGUUGUAAGCAGUAGUUUGGGGGUUUUUAUUUCCCAGUUUACUCUUGGUUGUGUACCUGAGUUUAUUAGGCAGGUUUUUCAUAUUAUUGCAUGUACUGUAUUUUUUUUACUUACAAUCAGUGUUUGAAUAUGAAAAUGGGACCAAGUUUUCUACUUUUCUAGUUAAGCUGUCUUGGUUAUGAAAGAGCUGGUCUCUAAAUCAAUUUGUAAUGUCUGGCUUUUUGGUUUUGUUUGAAUCUUGUUUUCAAGUGCUAGAUGAAAUCUUACUAAACUGGAGAUCUUCCUGGUAGUGGCAACAGUUGAAAUGUUAAGGUGAAGAAAUUAGAAGUCUGUAUUGACCCUUUUCCUACAAAUUGAUUAUUCCUGGGUUUUGAGUCUUCACUAUGAGCUGUGACGUUACGAACGUUUUCAGACUGAUCUCAUUGAAGUCCUUAGGUUGUGAAGAUGAAACUAACUUUAGGGCAACUAUUUGGUAAGUUGUCUAGCUGACAAAACAUGACCUGCAAUGUUACAGGACCAUUUCUGAUUGCUAAAUCUCUGUGUGUGGCGCUGAUUCAUUCUAUAAGUUGUUACCCAGUUGUACUGUAAAACUAAGUACUUCUGUUUCUUAUGCCACUGUGUGAAUUCAAUACAUGAAUGUUUGAAAGCUUAUGGAAAUUGUGUUUCCUCUGGGUAUUUCAUUAGCUUGCAAAUAUGAAAUGAGUUGAUGCUGUUACAUUCAAAUUCCUAGCGAGCUGUUGAUUUCAUUUUGUUAAGCAUUGUUACUGAUGCCUUAGUUGAAAGGUCAAAGAACUGCAGAGGUAACUAACCUCUGACAACUAGAAGCAUAUAUAGAACAAAAAUGAGAUGCAUAUAGCAGGAAGCCAUGUCAGGGGAAGCUUACCUAGCUGUUGCAGAUGUCUUUGGGUGACUAUUAGUUUUCUAGCAGUGUUCUCUGGUAACUUUGAGUAGUAACCAGCUAGGGACAUGCAAGAUACACAGGCAGCAUUUAAAUCUGAUGAAACCAAGCAAAACUAUAGUGUGACUCAGUGGCCUGCAAAAGCUGAACUGCAUAGAUACCAAGUGUUUGUAUUUAGAGGUAAAUUUCUGAAAGAGCACAUAAGGAUUUAACAUUUGUAUCAGCCGCUUAGUAGGGACUUGACUUGUUAAUGCAAAUAAAGACUGCUAAGACUCUUCUUUAACUUCAAGGUCAUGCACAUAUGUGCAGAGUUCCUUUUGCGUUGUCAUACAUGUAUGCAUGGCUUUCCAGUGAAACUUCUGGUUAUUUGUUUAAAAUGCUCUGUUAUCUUCUGUUAAAUAGGCAAAAAAUUGGUGCACUACACCUCUAGCUGUUGAAACUGCACAGUAUUUGAGCUUUACCUGUCCAUGCCUACAGGUAGUAUUAUCAUACAGUGUUAUCAGAUUGUUUGGUGGUUGCUUAUUUUUUUUACCAGCUAUGUAAUCAAUAUGUCAAAGAUUUUUUGUUGCCCUUAGGUGUCUUCUGUGAGGCACCCUUUGCUCUCAGUCUUUGUAAGCAUGGUAAGAUAUUUCAAUAGAAAGGGAAAGAUCUUUUUCGUAGUUUCUUAAGACAUCAGGAAUGAAUGAAUGGUCUUAAAUUUGACAGUUUGUAUGUUCAGUCAUGCUUAACUGAGAAAUGGAAAAUUAAUGUCAUGGAAUUCUGUAGCUGUUUAAGUGAAUGUUCCCUUAAGUGCCAUGUUAGAAAUCAGCAAUAUGCGGUACAAGAACUCAGAAUCACAGAACAUAAGUGAUGUUAUUUUCUUAAAGAUUGAUGUAAAUUAAAAAUAAAUUGUUUAUUACUUUACA